AUGCGCCUCACCGUGACCGAGGUUCGGCCGGCGCCUGAUCUGCGCUCCGCCAAGGUCUAUGUGAUGCCGCUCGGCGGCGACCGGGCGGCGGAGACGAUCGACGCUCUGCAGCGCGCCGCAGGAUACUUGCGCGGCGAGGUGAACCGCCGGGUCAGGCUGAAGUUCUCGCCCACUCUGCGCUUCGAGCUCGACCGCAGCUUCGAGAACGUGGCGCACAUCGACAGGCUGCUGGACACAAGUGGCGGCACCGAUGACUGA